GUGGGCAUGCACACACACACACACACACACACAAACUAUAUUGUAGUGUUUUGGCAGUGGCGAUAUGCCAAAAGCCAUAUUUGAUAGUUUUAUGACGCAGGAUGCAUUGUGCGGGUCACGAGGGAUUCUUUUUGAGAGGUGAUGCAGAACUUACGUCAUGCAGGUACAUCUUAAAAUACAGCUUACUUCACCCCAGUUUAUGUAUCUAUAUUGUGUCUCUACUUUAUAUUUUACACCUUUUUUGGUUGUACUGGUAGUUUAAAGGAGCCAUAAAUUUGAGAUUGAUUUUUUUUUAACAUUACAAAUAGACAAAUUAGAUUGAUAAAAUAUAUUUUCUAUUUAUUUACAUUUUUUUAAACAUUACAAAUAGACCUUAACAAAUAGAUUUCAUAGCUGAAGACGUAUUUGAGAUGUUAUCUGUGUAGCUUCUGAAUGUUUUGAGAUUAAAUCCCAGGCGUAUCUCAUAAACCGGUAAAAAAUAAUAAUAAUAAUAAUAAUGACCUAAUGACGGAGACACUGACCAAUCAUAUGCGUCUCUGAGGUCGUGUAUGUGGAAGAGGGCAGAUUGCGCUUCCAUCCAAAUCCUACAAGUGUCUGACUUCAUUCAACACGUGUUAACCUUCACCCUGAAACCCUCAGCUUCAUAAGGGGAAAAAUUUUUUUUUUUUUUUUGGACCUAAAAUUAAUUUAUGAAAUAAUGUAACCAAAAAAAUUUUGACCUUUAAUUUGAAUAUUUCUUUUGUUUACAUAAAUUAUAAAUACAAACUAUUCUGUUGUUGUUGUUGAUGUUGAUGUUGCUCCUCUUUAAUGCUCUAUAAUGAGAUCUGAGACACGCGCAGAAGCGGUGACAGUUGUAGCUGCUGCGCUCCGCCCAUUCAGCAGCCUCAUAUCACCGAGGCCCUGAGACGGGAGGAGACAGAAACCGGGAUAUCCGCCGUGAGCACGGGGUGUGUAUAUACACACACACGCACACACACUCACACACACAGAAGCACGCACACUCGAGCGUGCACUCGUUCCAUGCGCCACGCACUCUCACACACACACUCGCUCCUUCUCUGACAAGGAAAAGCUUAUUAUUUUUCAUUUCUUCAUAUUUUAUUUCGCGGACGCCGUCCAUCGUCCAUCGGGCCGUUAUGGCAGCCACGCUGUUAACGGGACACGAGGACUUUGUGCCGCUGAUGAAAGGCUUUCAGGAGGAGUCCGUUCUGUUCACCGACACCGACAGGGGACUGGUUAACGAUUACGCGCAGGCGAAGCUUGAGAUGGACAAAUACCUGACACCUCAGCUGCAGGAUUCCCCCGCAGUCAAGAAGCAUUGCCAGGAUAGCCCCUCUGUGGAGUUUUUCUGCGACGAUCAGGGCUCCCCUUACAGCAUCAACAUGAACGUGUACCUGCCUGACAUCGCCUACCUGCGCGGCAGCCUGUGUCGCCAGCAACGCCACUCUGUCCCCAGCCAGGUGAAAAGCAAACCUGUGUGCACAACCUACUCUCCGGCCCCAGACUGUUCGGUCCCUCCGUCUCUCCCCGACUUCACUACCAUCUUUAGCUCGCCGUCGGCGCCAUGCUCUAACAUGGAUGCAGGCGACACGUCCAGUGGCAUCUAUAUCAAGCAGGAAAUGCCGUCUUUUGAGCUUCCCCAGGAUGGCCAUCUGUUUCAGCUGCUCAACUCUGAGCUCGACGUUCCCAUUCAGGCCGUUUCGGAGUCUCACACCCAUGCCAUGUCGUCAGAGGUGCCAUCUUUCCAUGACCUGCAUUUAGCAGCCACACAGACUGCCAACAAGCCAUACUGCACCAUGCCUACGCCCUCGUACCCGCUCGGCCCCUCAGGUCACUUCGCUCAGGGCCACACACAGGUCAAAGCGCCCUACCUUCCUCCCUCGCCGCCCACCUCCGAGCCGGGCAGCCCAGACCGACAGAAAGAGCUGUUGCACAACCUGACACCGCCGCCAUCUUAUGCCGCCACCAUAGCAUCCAAAAUGGCAGGCCACAUGCCCGUUCAUCAAGCAUCCACAUCUGCACGGCCGCCCGUGACCCCUGGCGCUGGGGUCAUGCCUGUCCGGUACAACCGCAGGACAAAUCCUGACCUCGAGAAGAGGCGGAUACACCACUGUGACUUCCCAGGUUGCAAGAAGGUUUACACCAAAUCCUCACAUCUGAAAGCUCAUCUGAGGACGCACACUGGCGAGAAGCCAUACAGGUGCACAUGGGAAGGGUGUGACUGGAGAUUCGCUCGUUCUGACGAGCUCACGCGCCACUUCCGCAAACACACGGGCGCAAAGCCCUUCCAGUGUGCAGUGUGCAGCCGCAGCUUCUCUCGCUCCGACCACCUCGCUCUGCACAUGAAGAGGCACCAGAACUGAUCACUACACGCUGAACACCGCUAACACACACACACACACAUUUAUAGAGGGAAUUACUGUACUUACUCACUCACUCAUUCACACACACACACUCGCACACAUACACACACACACACAUAUACUUACAAAUACAUACUCAUACACA